AUGGCAGCCAAUUAUGACGUGUGGGCGGAUGCUGUUGUGAAAGAGCAAGCAGUUAAAGGCAAGAAAUUUAAGAAGCCAAAGAAAAGACCAAAGAGGUUGCAUGUAGUACAGCCUUCAAAUAAGGCUAGCAAGAAACAAGCAACUGAAGUGGAUACCUCAAGCAGUAGCUCUGAUUAUAAAGACAUGGAGAUUGUUAAGAUUGGAAAGAAAGCACCUCCAGCCAAGAAGAAGGAUGACAGCAGUAGUAGUAGUGAUAAAACUGAUAUUGAAGAUACAACUCCUUCUAAACUGGUUGCUAAACCUACUAACGAUGCUAAAAAAUGUGAUUUAUCUGAUAACUCCUCUUCUGAUGAUGACAGUGAAGAGACAAAGGAACCAGCUAAAGCCAGUACCAAAAGGAAGCAAGAGGAAUCAGAGAGUGAUGAUGACUGCAGUGAUGAGAGUGAAACUCAUAAUGUGCCACUGACCAAGAAAAUGAAGAAAGGUGGGCUUGGUAGUAUAGGAGGCCAUAGCAUGUCUAAAGCUAGUGAACCAGAGCUACUGAGCAACCUCCGGGCCAUUCAUGAAACGAUACGGUCACUCGAUGAACAAAUUAAGCUUGUCAGUGAAAAGAUAAGCUGUUAUCAGGAUAUAAGAAAAAGUUGUUGGACAAGUUAUACCGAAACAAAUGUGCCCGAAACAACAUCAUGGGAGCUUAGUAUUGUUUGGGAACUUGAUAAUGGAAUGGAUGAAGAUGAGGAGCAGCAAGUGGAAUUGUCAGAGAACCGUACUCUCUCACAAUUGUUUGCCAGCAUGAUGACUGCUGCUGGGCAGGUGGCUGCAAGAAGCAUUCAGCGUGGUAGAUAUUGCAAGGAAAUAAUCAUAUAUGGAGUUAUCU